ACAAGUCCUUCUCGAUUCUUCUGGAAGCUUCGUCUUCUUCUUUUUUGAAGCUUCGUCUUCUUCACCGUUGAAGAUUUUGGUUGUCCGGUGUUUUUGUUUGAAUCUGGGUAGGUUACGUGGUUUUGUAAUCGGGAUUUUUGGCGUUUGAGAUGAUGAAGUCGGAUAAAUCAAAGUACAGAAAGGAAGAAGAUGAUGAUUUGUACAAGUCUCGCGGAGACCGUGAUCGCGGUAAGGAGCGGAGGAAGGAGAAACGUUCGGAGAUCAGGCGCUCGAGACGGUCUGAGAUAGUUAAGAGAAGUGAUUCUCAAGAAGAGGAGAGGAUACGGAGACGGAGGGAUAGGACGAUUAGCGAUUCUGAAGGAGAAGAGCAGAGGGAUUACAAACGCAGAGUAAAGGAGGAUGAAAGAGGACACCGUGAACGUGAGAGAGAUAAGGGCAAAUAUCGGAAAAGGGAUAGAGAGAGGAGAGAAGGUGGGAAAGACAGGGUUAGGUCACGAGAGGAUUGUAAUGGAGAUAGAGAUGAUGAUAUCAAGCGUAACUUGAAAAGCACAAGAACUAGCAGGCAUGGAGAUGACUGUGUUGAGAAGAAAACCCUGGAAGAACAAGUAAAGGAUGAGCAGGAGCAGUUGGAUGAAGAAGUAGACAAACGUAGGAGAAGAGUCCAGGAGUGGCAAGAGCUGAAGAGGCAAAAGGAGGAAGCUCAAAGUGAAAGUAAGGGUCUUGAGGCAGGUAAGGCUUGGACUCUUGAAGGAGAAUCUGAUGAUGACGAGAAAUCAGACUCAGCAAUGGAUGUUGAUGGAGAGACUAAACCCGAGAAAGGUGAGGAUGCCAAGACGGUAGACUUGGAGAAUGAGAAUGGAGGUUACAGAGGUGCAGAUGAAGAGGAUAUUGAUCCUUUAGAUGCUUUUAUGAAUACUAUGGUAUUACCUGAGGUUGUGAAGCUUAGCAAUAUGACUUCUCCCUCAGCAGUGAACGAUGGUCUUUUGGAUUCUAAAAUGAAUGGGAAGGAAAGUGGUGACCGGGAAAAGAAAGGUUUGAAUAAGGCCCUUGGAAGGAUAAUUCAAGGUGAAGAUUCUGAUUCAGAUUCUGAUUAUUCAGAAACAAAGAAUGAUGAUGAUCCAAGUUUAGACGAAGACGAUGAGGAGUUCAUGAAGAGAGUUAAGAAGACUAAAGCAGAGAAACUGUCUCUUGUUGACCACUCCAAAAUAGAGUAUGAGCCUUUCCGGAAGAACUUCUAUAUCGAAGUCAAGGACAUCUCAAGGAUGACACAGGAUGUAGUUAACGCUUAUAGAAAGGAAUUGGAGCUAAGAGUGCAUGGGAAAGAUGUACCAAGACCCAUCAAAUAUUGGCACCAGACUGGACUGACCAGCAAAACUUUGGAUACUUUGAAGAAACUUAACUAUGAAAAGCCAAUGCCUAUCCAAGCACAAGCACUCCCAAUCAUAAUGAGCGGUCGAGACUGCAUUGGGGUUGCAAAAACUGGGUCAGGUAAAACCCUCGGCUUUGUUUUGCCAAUGUUGAGGCAUAUCAAAGAUCAGCCUCCCGUUGAAGCUGGUGAUGGACCGAUUGGGCUGGUGAUGGCACCAACUAGAGAACUUGUUCAGCAGAUUCACAGUGAUAUCAAAAAGUUUGCUAAGGCAUUGGGUGUAAGAUGUGUGGCUGUGUAUGGAGGAUCAGGAGUUGCCCAGCAAAUCAAUGAGCUUAAGCGAGGUACUGAGAUUGUUGUUUGUACUCCUGGCAGAAUGAUCGAUAUUCUCUGCACAAGCAGUGGGAAAAUAACCAAUCUGCGAAGGGUCACAUUUCUGGUAAUGGAUGAAGCUGACCGUAUGUUUGACUUGGGUUUUGAGCCUCAAAUUACGCGUAUUCUUCAAAAUAUUCGACAUGAUCGUCAAACUGUGCUCUUCUCUGCCACUUUUCCACGCCAAGUUGAAACUUUGGCACGUAAAAUCUUGGACAAGCCUGUGGAAAUACAGGUCGGUGGGAGGAGUGUUGUGAAUAAAGAUAUAACUCAGUUAGUUGAAAUCAGACAGGAGAGUGAGAGGUUCGCAAGACUUUUGGAACUUCUUGGGGAAUGGUAUGAGAGAGGAAAAGUUCUGGUGUUUGUUCGUUCACAGGACAAAUGUGAUGCUUUGUACAAUGAUUUGAUGACCAAAUGUGGUUAUGCAUGUCUAUCUCUUCACGGGGGUAAGGACCAGACUGAUCGUGAAUCAGCUAUAUCUGAUUUUAAGAGCAAUGUAUGCAAUUUGUUGAUUGCCACAAGUAUUGCAGCCAGGGGUCUAGAUGUGAAAGAGCUUGAGUUGGUUGUUAACUUUGAUCCGCCGAACCACUAUGAAGACUAUGUGCAUCGUGUUGGCAGGACAGGUAGGGCAGGGCGGAAAGGCUGUGCUGUAACAUUUAUCUCCGAGGAUGAUGCAAAAUAUGCACCAGAUUUAGUCAAGGCCCUGGAACUAUCUGAGCAGCUUGUUCCUGAUGAUGUAAAAGCAGUGGCCGAUGGGUUCAUGGCAAAAGUGAAACAGGGUAUUGAGCAAGCUCAUGGAACUGGCUAUGGUGGCAGUGGCUUUAGAUUCAAUGAAGAGGAGGAGGAAGUCAGGAAAGCAGCAAAGAAAGCACAAGCGAAGGAGUAUGGCUUUGAGGAAGAGGAGUCUGAUUCAGAAGAUGAGAAUGAUGUAGUAAGAAAGAAUGGUAGUGAUAUCUUGCAGCAACAAGCUACGCUUUCUCAGAUAGCCGCCAUUGCUGCUGCUGCUGAAGCUGCUAUGACUGCUAACCAAUUGCCACCUAAUGGUGGUGGGAUUGUUACUGUGGCAGGUGUCCCUCCUAGUGAUGGAGCAGGCCGCGUUGCAGCCAUGGUUGCUGCCGCUAACCUGCAACACAACCUUGCAAGGAUUCAAGCUGAUGGGAUGCCUGAACACUAUGAAGCAGAACUGGAAAUCAAUGAUUUCCCACAGAAUGCUCGGUGGAAAGUUACCCACAAAGAAACGCUUGGUCCAAUAUCAGAGUGGAGUGGAGCCGCUAUUACCAUUAGAGGUCAGUAUCAUGAGCCAGGACGUAUCCCGGGACCUGGGGAACGCAAGCUCUAUCUGUUCGUUGAAGGGCCUACCGAAAUAUCUGUAAAGACAGCUAAAUCUGAACUCAAGCGUGUUCUUGAAGACAUAACUAAUCAAGCCUUCUCCCUUCCUGGAGGAGCACAACCUAGAAGAUACUGUGUCCUAUAAAACCAUGAGGUUUGAAUAUUUUCAGAAAACAAUUAACUAUUGAUUGAUGUUGUGGUAUACAAAUCUCUACACAAUUACAGAAUCUUUUGAUAAACUUGACUUGGUGUGACAACAAACAUCAAUUGGAUUGGCUGGUUUCUUCAUUA